AUGUAAACUCAUGCAAAAUAAGUAGUUGCAUUAAUCAAUCAAUUACCAAAGAAAGAUGAACUUAAAUUCUUAGAAAAACAACCAGGAAAUAAAAAAAUUAUUUCUGAAACAAAUCAAGCCUUUAUCUCAGUAAUAAAUGGAUUACGAUCAUUAAUUGGAGAUGUUUAAACAAAUUCAACAACUAUACCAUUUAAAGUAUUUUCAAAUAAUUAUAUAGUAAAUAGAAGAAACAUUAGAUUCAUUUUUAGAAAAUGCAGCCAUUCAAUAUGACAAAAUGAAUAAAUUAAGUUUUGUUCCAAAACAACCUCAAGUUUAAAAAACAAAUUAAGCUAAACCAAAAGAUAUUUAUGGAUUUGCUAAUGUAAUCUAACUCAAUAAAUUACCUUUUAUUCCUGUUUUAAAAUAUAAGCAUUAUGCUUAAACAGAAUUAGAUUAAAAAAUAAUAGAAGCUUAAAAUAAUCCAUAAUAAUUUUUUGAAAAAUAUGUCAUUGAUGAAUUUACACAUCCUUAUUAUGAAGAAAUAAUGAGAUUAAUACCAUAAGAUUUUGUUCUUGAAGUACCUACUAAAAUUAAUAGAUAUAGAGAUUUAGAACCACCUAUUAUGAUUAAUAAUGCUGAUCAUUUAGGAGAGCUUAUUCUUAAAAUAUAACAUGAAGUAGAUUAAAAUGGUUAUAGUGAAAUAGCUGUAGAUUUAGAACAUAAUCAUUAAAUAUCUUAUUUGGGAAUAACCUGUUUGAUUCAAUUAAGCACAAGAACUUAAGAUUAUAUAAUAGAUCCUUUUCCUUUAUGGAAAUAACUUGGUGAAAUGUUAAGUGUUGUAUUUACAAAUCCUAGAAUUGUAAAAGUAUUUCAUGGAGCAGAUAAUGAUGUUUAGUGGCUCUAAAGAGAUUUUGGUUUAUAUAUUGUAAAUCUAUUUGAUACUUUCCAUGCAUCAAAGGAAUUAUAACUUAUGUAAAAUUCAUUUUAGUUUUUGCUCUCAGAAUAUUGUAAGAAAUCAACUGAUAAAACAUAUUAAACAGCUGAUUGGACUUAAAGACCAUUAUCUGAUGAAAUGAUUAAAUAUGCUUAGAUUGACACACAUUAUCUACUUUAUAUAUAUGAUAGAAUGAGAUAAGAUCUUAAGAAAUUAAAUAAACCAAAUGAGAAUAUAAAUAAUAUUCCAAAUUAUUAUAUUGAAAAUGUAUUAAAAAGAAGUAAGGAUACAGCUCUUAAGAUUUAUAAGAAACCUUUAUAAGAUUAAGAUUAAUCUUUGCAAACAAUACUUAAUAAAUAAGAUAGGAGAAUGGAGACUAAAAGUUUUGAUUUAAUGGUUAAAUUAUUAGAAUUAAGAGAGGAAUUAGGAAUAUAAUAUGAUCAAAAUCCAAGAUACUUUUUACCUAAUCCAUUUUUAUUUAAAUUAGUUGAAUCAAAACCUACAACAAUUUAAGAAUUAAAAAGCUAAUUAGGAGGUGAUAAGAAUAUCCAUGAAAUUGUUAAAGAAAAUCUUUGGUAAUUUUUAAAAGUAUUAUUGGAAUUUGAUGAGAAAGUACCAACAGUAAAUAUUAUUCAGGAAGAAUAAUUAAAUACAACAUAAAUAUAAAUUGAAGAAAUACAACCUAUUCUAUAAGUUGAACCAUUAAAAAUUGUUUAGAUUUCAGUUAAUAUUAAGAAAUUCCAAAAUAAAAAUAAAAGUGUUGUUAUACAUCAUUUUAGAAAUGAAAAUGUUGAAUAAAUAUAAUCCUAAUUUUAUUGUGAAUCUCCUUUUAAAUUAUUAAAUGUUUUUUAUGAUGGAUUGGGAACUUAAAUAUUUUAAUCUAUGAAAGAAUAAAGUUAAUAGUAAAAGUAAUAAGUCGAAGAAGCAUAGUAAUAAAGAAUAGAAAAAAUAAAUACGUCUGAUUUUAUAUAGCUUCCAAAAUUAGAUGAAAAAAAUAUAGAUUAAUAAAAAGAUUUAGACAUUAGAUUAAAUAAUACAUUAUAAAAUUAACAUGGCACUAAAAUAUUAAAAAGGCAUUAAAAAAUAGAAUAAUAGAAAACAUAAAAAUCAAAUAUCAGUAACAGAUUUGAAAUUUAAUGA